AUGGAAUUCCACAUCUACCACCUCCCCACCUCCCUCCUCCCCGACCCCAUCUCGCGCCACAACUUCGCCCUCCGCAUGGCCAACCUCCACCUAUCCUUCGACCUCAUCCGGCGCCUCCGUCUCAACACCCCCCUCCUAAUCGCAUCACGGGAGUACUUCCUCUACCCGCACCCAGCGUAUACCCCCAUCCUCCUCGACGACUGGCCGAUGAAGGGCGUCAACAACUUGCUCGUCAUCAUGGAGACCCUGCGAAAUAUUUGCGGACCACCGAUUUUCGCGGCAGAACCGGGGUUCGAUGAGCCGUGGGCGUUGUGGUACUUGGCCGCGGCUAUGACGCAGACUUGGACGAGGGAUCCGUUUGGGAGGUUGGGGGGUGAGCCGGAGGAUAUGGAGACGGAGGAGUUGAGGAGGAGGACGGAGGAGGUUUAUGAGGAGGUUAGGAAAGUAAACGCUGAUAUCUGGGCUUUCAACUAUGCCUACCAUCAACAAAUUGUCGAGCAACGAUGGUAUGAUAAGCAGAGGGGGAGUAAAAAGGAGUGCUAUGACGGAGGCCAUCAAAAUGGGAUUGGAAAUGAGGAGUCUGUGGAGAAUGGCGGGAGAGAUGAUUCGACAAAUGCCGUGGAAGACGACGUGGAAGACGACGUGGAAGACGACGUGGAAGACGACGAGGAAGACGACGUGGAAGACAGCGUGGAAACAAGCGUGACAAGCGUGCAGGAUGAAAUGGCAAAGGAGGUACGAAGUGACAAGGACUACGACAGUGCCUAUUGGAGUAUGGAAGAGGAGACGCGGGAGGGUGGCAAUAACGCUGACGAUGACGAUGAUACCUCUAGUGACGAUGAAGUGGUGUUGACUCCUACGGAAUCGGACAUCGGAGAGACUGAGUGUCGUGCGGAGCAUGAGUGGCCUUCACAGCUUGCGGAGUGGCCUCCAGAGUUUAACUCUGGUCUAAAGACUGACUGA